AUGAGCCACAAGCCCGAUGACGAUUAUGACUACCUAUUCAAGGUUGUGCUCAUAGGUGACUCUGGUGUGGGGAAGUCCAACCUGCUCAGCCGCUUCACGCGCAACGAGUUCUGCCUUGAGAGCAAGUCUACUAUUGGUGUCGAGUUUGCGACACGCAGCAUACAGGUGGACGGCAAGACCAUCAAGGCGCAGAUUUGGGACACCGCGGGCCAGGAGCGCUACCGCGCCAUCACCAGCGCCUAUUACCGCGGGGCGGUCGGCGCGCUGCUGGUGUAUGAUAUCACCAAGUCGGUGUCAUUUGAGAAUGUGGAGCGGUGGCUGAAGGAGCUGCGGGACCACGCUGACAGCAACAUCGUGAUCAUGCUGGUCGGCAACAAGAGCGAUCUGCGGCACCUACGCAGCGUGCAGACAGACGACGCGCAGGGUUACUGCGAGAAGGAGGGCCUGUCGUUCAUCGAGACGUCCGCCCUGGAGUCCACCAACGUGGAGAAGGCGUUCCAGCAGAUCCUUACGGAGAUAUACCACAUCGUCAGCAAAAAGGUCAUCGACGCCGACGACAAGGGCGCCAAGGUAGGCAACAACGUAGGCAAGGCGCUGCAGAAGCAGGCGACGCGCCACCUGCCGCGCCUCGCGCUGCAGAGGCAAGUCGUCCUGCAGUACGUGACGAGUGGCACGUGGCUGCUGGGCAUGGGGGCCGACCUGGGCGGCGCGAUUCUUAUGAUCGCUGCAUUUGCGCGUGCGCCUGUCUCAGUGGUACAGCCCGUUUCCUCGGUGGGCCUUGUGUUCCUGAUGGCCUUCUCACACUUCUACCUCAAGGAGCGAUUGCAACCUCGCGAGUGGGCCGCAGCCGCGACGGCAGGUGUGGGGGUGCUGCUGUUAGGGGCCAGCAGCGAGCCGGAGGCAGCAGCAACCCCAACUACACCAGUGGCUGCGCACUCAGCAGCGGCGCAGCAGCAGCACCAGCGGCAGCAGCAGCAGCAGCCACUUGGUGGGGCGCCACCAGCGGGCUCCAAUCCCGCACACCUGGCCUCAGCGUCGGAUACAGCCGGAGGCGGCGCCAGCAGUGGCUUGAGGGACGAUGUUGCCCACGCAGCCCUCCAUGCUGCACCGGCGCCCUGGCGUGUGAUGCUGGGGUUCCUGCUGCUGCUGGCGGUCUUGGGCUUGGAGGUGUGGUGGCGGCAACGCCGGCAGCAGCGGAAGCGGCGCGGAACCGGACACGGGCAUUCGCACGCGCACGUACGCGGCUCGGAGGAGGCCGCCGACGCGGCCGCGUGCGGCCUGGAGGCGGGCGCCUGCUUCGGGUUCUCUGCGGCGGCCUGCAGGACGGGCUUCCAGCUGGCACCCACAAUGGGAUGGCUGCUGGUGCCAGCGGGGCUGGCAGCCAGCGUUGGCCUCACCAGCAGUGGCUUCAUACUGCAGACGUGCGGCUUGAAGCACGGCAAGGCGGUGGUGGUGUGCACCCUGGCGGCGGCGUCCUCCAUGGUGUCGGGCGUGCUGGUCGGCCUGCUGGCGCUGGGAGAGCAGCUGCCACGCAGCAGUGGGGGCCGGCUGCUGCGACUCGCCAGCUGGGUGCUCAUCCUGCUGGGGAUCGAGGGUGGCUGGGAUGCGGGCGGCCGCACCCCCUCGAUCUGGGACACAUUCAGUCACCAGCCUGGGGUGAUCGUGGACAAUGCCACAGCAGACGUGGCGUGCGACCACUACCACAAGUACAAGGAGGACUUCAAGCUUAUGGCUGACAUGGGCAUCAAGCACUACAGGUUCAGCAUCAGCUGGAACCGCAUCCUGCCAUCAGGGAUAUCAGGAUCGGCAGUCAACCCGGAAGGCCUUGCGUUUUACGACAGCUUGCUUGACGCCAUGGCCGACAACGGCAUCGUGCCGUACGCGACCAUGUUCCACUGGGACCUGCCACAGGUUCUGCAGGACCAGUACGGGGGCCUCAUGAGCGCCGAAUUUAUCAAGGAUUUUGUGGGCUACGCGUCUGUGCUGUUCAGGCACUUUGGCUGGCGGGUGAAGAACUGGAUGACCUUCAAUGAGCCGUGGUGCUCCUGCGCCCUUGGUUAUGGCAAAGGGGACUUCGCGCCAGGCAUCCCCUAUGGUGACGAGGGGCAGUACAAGGCGGGCCACAACCUGCUGCUGGCGCACGCCAAGGUGGUGGAGCUCUACAACUCACAGUUCCGCGCAACCCAGCGCGGCCGCAUAGGCAUCGUGCUCAACGCGACCUGGCACGAGCCUCUGACCGACAGCCUCGAGGACAAGGCUGCGGCCAGUGUGGCCCUUCACCAGGACCUCGGCUGGUUUGCUCACCCCGUCUACUUUGGAGACUACCCUGACGUGGUGAAGAAGACCAAGCCCGUUCCAUCUUUCACUCCUGAGCAGCGCGCCCUCUUCCUGGCUAACCAGCCUGACUUUUUUGCCCUCAACUUCUACACCGCAGACUACGUGCGGUCUGACGGCACAGAGCACGGCUACCACCAGGGCCCCGAGGACAAGCACGGCAAACCCAUCGGCCCAAAGGGCCAGUCCAGCUGGCUCUACUCAACGCCCUGGGCCAUCCGCAAGAUGCUCGUGUACGUCCAGGACACAUACAAGCCUGCAGACGUCUGGGUCACAGAGAACGGCGCCAGCGCGCCGGGUGAGGCCGGGAAGACGGUGGCCGAGGCGGUGAAGGACAGCUUCAGGGUGGGGUACUACCAGGGGUACAUGGACAACGUCUGCAAGGCGGUGGCGGACGGUGUGAAGCUUUCCACGUACUUUGCUUGGAGCGCCAUGGACAACUUUGAGGCUGAUUUCAAUUAA